AUGGAGAGGAAAGUACGGAGACAGGGUGUAGUGUGGGCAACACGCAGCGGUGGGAUACAACUUGCUCGCCACAACAAUGGUGGCAGCGGUGGGAUACAACCCGCUCGCCACAACAAUGGUGGCAACGGUGGGAUACAACCCGCUCGCAACAACAAUGGUGGCAGCGGUGGGAUACAACCCGCUCGCAACAACAAUGGUGGCAGCGGUGGGAUACAACUUGCUCGCAACAACAAUGGUGGCAGCGGUGGGAUACAACUUGCUCGCCACAACAAUGGUGGCAGCGGUGGGAUACAACCCGCUCGCAACAACAAUGGUGGCAGCGGUGGGAUACAACUUGCUCGCCACAACAAUGGUGGCAGCGGUGGGAUACAACUUGCUCGCAACAACAAUGGUGGCAGCAGUGGGAUACAACCCGCUCGCCACAACAAUAGUGGCAGUGGUCACUGUAUCCUGCCGUCCAUCGCAUGUGGUCCAACAGAGCACAAAAGUCUUGUUAACAGCUUGCAGCAUCAAUACCGUGAACUUCUAAGGGUUGUCUACACUACUUCACGGUACCUAGUAGUUAGCACCUCAGGACAGGUAUUAGCGGGAGAGUUUCUGGAUGGGCAGCAGCAACAAGCCGCUCUGUGUCUCCAGGUGACUCAACACCAUAACCACCACCACCACCACCAUCACCAUCAGCAGCAGCAGCAGCAGCAGCAGCAGGCAGAGUAUCACCAACAACACCACCAUCACCUCCACCAAAUACAGUCCCAGGAACUCCAACAUGACCAACUGGCGACCCCAACUCGAAGUCCUCCUGGUAUGGUCGCCACCACGAAGUCCACUGCCCUUCCUGGCCCUCCCGUCACUACCACCACACUGCCCACUACCAUCGUCCACGUCUCGCCCACCACGCCCACAACGUCCCUCUCCACGCCCGCAUCACCGACCCUAAUCCAGGGCAGCACUCCGCUCUCACAGAUCGGCGCCCACCCCUGCCCACCACCCCCGGAGACCAGCAUCGUUAACCUGCUGGCUCCCCUGACCCCCCCAUCAUGCGAGGAGGAGGAGGAAGGCGGCCUGCGUCGCCAGAAGCGAGGGGUUCUUCCUAAGCAUGCCACUGCCAUCAUGAAGGCCUGGCUCUUCCAACACAUCGUUCACCCAUACCCGAGUGAAGAUGAGAAGAGGCACAUUGCAGCUCAGACCAACCUAACGCUUCUCCAAGUCAACAACUGGUUUAUCAACGCCCGGCGUCGCAUCCUCCAACCCAUGAUCGAUGCUUCCACUCCUCCCGACCAGAAGACCAAGAAGUCCAAGGCCUACAACCCCAAGGCCUCUGCAACAAGGUUCUGGCCUGAUAGUCUCAUAAGUCUGCAUGGUAAACCACAGAACAACAAUAACAACAAUACGGCUUCAUCACUCGCUCGCAAGACUAACUUUUCUAACACGGAGGUGACGGCGAGCCCAACAUCCAUGACGGGCGAAGAAGAAACAGAAGAAAUCGAGGAUGAGGAAGAUGAGGAGAGAAGGAGAGAACAGGAGGAAGAGGGAGAAGAGCAAUACAAGGAUGAAAAAGACUUUCUGAGGCCAAAGUCAGAGAGCCCAAUCCAUGAAGAGUUGGAUGUGGGAACUUUGUAGUGUUUAGUUUCUGAAACAUAAUUUGAAGGUUUCUCUGUUCUCGGCAUGUCAGGUGUUGGUCAAACUUGCCUUUAUAUAUCUGUGUUAACGAGAAAUUUAACUUGCUGUUGAACACUUCUAUCUUCGUAUGUUUCAGAAUGAUGGUCAUACCUAUUUAACAACGACUCUUACAUAUCUAAGAAAUUCUUUGCAACUUUUGAGUGACAUACAUUAUGUUUCAUGAUAAAAACAUUCUGUAAGGCAAAUACAGUAACAUCAUGUGUAUUAAUAAGUAAAGAAUGGGUAUUUUUAGGGGCUUGUCAAGCUUACAAUUAUGAUUAAAAGAUAUACUGUAUACACAUUAAGAUUUGAUACAUGUGUACUGUAGUUCUCUUUACAUAUUUUUGCUAAAAAUCACAAUUGAUUAAUUGUAUACCAAAGACUUUGUACAAAAAAUUACUUUAACCGACCAUUUUGUAUGUUAUCCAGAGCAAUUGUACCUUCAAGAAAAAAUUUGUUGGUUUCAUUCACUAAAAAAGCACAAUGUACUUUUUCUGUGUACCAGAAACUGAUGUGACCAUUUAAAAAAUAACUCAUAAGUUUUAAUUAUUCUGCCAUAUAUGCAGUGUUAAUUUUAAAUUAGAUUAUGUGUCGUUUUAUGUGUGUGAUAAAUACCCUAUGAAGGUAGAAUUGAAAUCCUUAUACACUUUUAUCUUGAUGCCGUACAAACAUUUAGUAAAAAGUUAAAAUGAAGAUCAGUGUUCAUGCUGUAGGAUGCAUCAGUAUCAGGGAGCCUGUUUUAAGUCUAGUAUGGGUUAAUGAUUAUAUGGACAUAAGAAAAAUAUUUUAUGAAUUGCUAUCAUCCACAGACAGUGUUUCUCAAUUGGAGAUCAUCUCAUAGUGAUUACCUGUGAGUAUUUCUAUGCAGCACCAGAAAUGGCAAACAUAAUUGCAUUUAUGAAUUUAAUAAGUCAUGCAGGCUAUGGAAGAACAGAAUUGAGAAUCACUGCAUAAACACACAAACAUAUUUCUAUGUUAGCUAAUAGUAACUCUGAGCUUAUGAUUUACAGUGUAACAACGAAUCACUUGAUAACUACGACAUUCAUUUGAAAUCUGAAAUAUGUAUUAUUGAAGUGAUCAGAUUUGUCCAGCCUUAGAUAUCAUAAUACUUACAGUAUAGAAAGUAACCAUACAUUAGAUUAUAGCAGUAAUUCACUGGGGGCCAAACAUGGUCAGCUUAUGACCCAUAAACUAACCAUCAUGCACUACUUUAAGGAUUCUGACUGUCAUAUAGAAAUCUGUAAUACCCUAGUGAGAUUGUAAGACCAGGUCUUAGAAACCAAUUUGAAGCUCUUCCUCAUCCCUGUACCCUCUUCCUCCUCCUGUGAUCUCAAGAGUGCCAAUUCGCCAUCGUGGUUCCCCAUCAAGAGCUACAAAAGCAGAAACAGACUACAACGAAAUACCCGACACUCAGUGUUUGCUUCAAGAGGUGAUUGUGGCAUCAGCCAAAAUAAUUAUGUGUGGAACUAGCUAAUUGUGAUGUACUCCCGUGAUAAAGGGGGUUAUGUGACAAAGUGAGAGCAGGAUGCUGACGAGUGUCGAAAAUCAGUGCGACAAUUUCGAGCACAAGGGAACCAAAGAAUCCUCAUUCAUCUCAUGAGAAUCAGAUUCUUAGUCUGAGAUAUUUGUAAAGAUAUUCUCCCUGCAUAAAGGGAGAGGUUUUAUUUUCGGAAAUCAUAACGACUUCAUUUAUGAAUUCAGGUAUCUGUAACGAAGUAUACGAUGCUGUGCAACUGAUCUUAUACAUUAGGUAUACGACUACACAGUUUAAGUAGGUUAUGUGUAAUGUUAGGGACUAGUAUGUAAUAUGAUUAUUAGUUACAGUAUCCCUUCCAUUUAUGAUAAAUCCCUAAGUAUAUAUUAUCCUUCGUACAUACAAAUGAAUAUUCUUUGGUUCCAUGUGUUAUUAAUUUAAAGAAAAGUAUCCCCAAGAGUAUACCUUUGUGGAAGCGUGGUAGUGAGCCCUAUCCCAUUUUCUAUCGUGGAAAAAGACCAGAUAUUUCCAUUUUUGUGGUGAUGUGACCCUUACCUGAAUAAUUUGUGAACCAGAAAAUAUUUAGUGGUGACCCAAAUGUUGAAAACUUGAACCUUGUAGUGACCUUGCCUGCCCUUAAAUGUACCUGGAGACCGUGCUUGAUGAACUGGUCAUUAUGGUCCUAACUAGCCAGCCAUCAUGGACACUAACGAGCUUGUUGCGCGCCCGUGUUUAUAGCAAUGUUUUGAAAGGAAAAUGUGUUAAAAAAUGUCCAAAAAAGAUAUUAAUGUUACUUCUUCUAAAAGCAUUUUAUUGGUGACGUAUCUGGCUAUUUGUGUGCUUUUGCGUGUUUGUUUAGGAAUAUGUGACGUAAUUAGUGACUUCGAGCCAUACGUGAGGGUACUUUAAGGCUGAUUUACCCAGCGCCUGAAGUUUCCCUUCCACAAAACUCUGUCACUUGAAAUACGACACAUAUGAUAACAUGAAAGGUGCAUAACUUUUAAGCACAAUAUGAUAUGCAUAAUUCUGUGAUAAUUUUUCAUGUGAUCUUUUCUCUUUUUCUAUUUAAUUGCAACGAACAAACGAAAGCAAUAAUAUGCAAACGGGACUGCAAAGUCAAAAAAAUCAAACAAUAGCUGCGCCAAGCGUACUUAGUUUAAUAUGGAUUCUUUUGAGAGUUAAUGGGGUAACUGGAGGAUAUUUUUAUCAAAAAGUUUCACCGAGUGGUUAGUUAAAACUUAAUAAUUUUGAUUUAUAUUAAAUACAUUUUUGUAGUAUUUUCAAUAUAAUGUAACAUUCUAGUAUACACAAAUGCAAUCAAAUAAUUCUGAAUGUCAAAACACAAAAUUACAUGUUUUUUAAAUUUUACUCAUGCAUAUUGAAUUUAUUGAAGGCAGUGGUAUUAAACUUUCAGUUCUCAUAUUAAAUAUCCCCUCCAAUUGUCUCAUUACAAUUGUUUCAGCACAACGAUGCCAACAAGGAUGCUGGUUGAACUUCCCAAGGGUAAUUAGCCAGUUUCUGAGAUUUUCAGCAUGGCUUUCUCUGUUGUGAUACGAGUCCACACUUUGAGAAUCCCAUAAACUUGAUAAUUACCAUAUCCUCUAUUUUCCUGAGGCCAGUUCACUUGUUACAUUCCAUAUUACUUGCAGUUGUCCUUCUUACCCUCAUGAGCAUUAAGUAAAGUAUCCUGGUUA